GUUUAUCUCUGCCACCAGUCCUCAACGCCCCGCCAACACAAUGUCGGUGGCCACAAAGAAUCCCUUCGCGCUCCUCGACGAGGACGCGUCGAGUUCCCCCGCCCCCGCACCAAAGGGUCAAGCUUCCACUGCUCCGGCUGCUUCCACACCAUCUCGAGGAAAUCAGCGCGGGCGUGGGGGCCCUGCGUCCCGUGGAGGCCGUUACUACCAGCGAGGUGGUGCAAAUGCAGGCACCCAGAAAGAGAUCACCGCCCAGGAGGAGCCCCCCGUAGGCUCGGAGAGCACCAGGAGAAAGUAUGAUGGCGAUCGCGGACGGGGAAGGGGAAGGGGCCGUGGUGGCCCACGUGGCCGCGGUCGUACAUUUGACAAGCACUCUGCUACUGGCAAAACCGAUUCUGACAAGAAGGUUCACCAAUCAUGGGGUGGCGAUGAGGGCAACGCAGAGCUGAAAGCAGAGCAAGCUGCCGCAAGUGAUGCCGCAAACGAAGCCAAUACUACCACCAAUGACUGGGGCGCCGAGGCCACCGCCGGUGACUGGGGUGCCCCCGCUCCUUCUGGCGAAGAAGCCGCCCCUGUUGAUGGUGACAAGCCUGAAAGCCGCAGAAGAGAUCGCGAGGAGGAGGAUGACAACACCCUUACCCUCGAAGAGUACUUGGCUCAACGAAAGGAGUCUUCUGCUGUCCCCACUAAGCUCGAGGCUCGCAAAGUUGAGGAUCAGGCUUGGGAAGGCGCGUCUCUCAUCAAGAAAGGCGAAGAAGAGGAAUACUUUGCUGCCAAAGCCAAGACCAACACCAAGCCCCGUGCGGAAAAGAAGGAGAAGGUAUUCAUCGAGAUUGAGGCACGUUUCGAGCGCCCGGCCCGCGGAGGUCGUGGGCGCGGUGGUGACAGAGGCCGUGGCGAGCGGGGUGGUCGCGGCCGUGGAGGCAGGGGCCGUGGAGGUGCUAACGGCGUCGCAGCUUCUGUCGACAUGGACGAUCAGACGGCAUUCCCGUCUCUCUCGUAGGCUAAAAGAACGUGAUUCUGUGCGGUCUCGGAUAAUAAGCUGUUGUCGCAGGCCGAGGAUCAUGAGCCAUGGUUGUACUGCGUACCAAAAAAUCUCCUUCACAUUGUUCAUCUGCACCAUCGGUGUUGUCCUUGCUCAGCCCCUGUGUUCUUUCCCGUAUUGUGCUUCUCAAUGUACACUGCUCGCUCGUAUUAUUUUGCCGGAUUCUCAUGUCUUGACGUCG